AUGUCCGAAACUGAAUUGAAAGUAUACACCAUUGACGAAGUCAAGAAACAUAACACAACUGACGACUUGUGGAUUGUCUACAACGGCCAGGUUUAUGAUGUCACCCCAUACUUGGACGAGCACCCAGGUGGAGAAGAAGUUAUUGUGGACUGUGCGGGAACAGAUGCCACCGAAGCGUUCAACGACAUCGGUCACUCUGACGAUGCCCACGACAUCUUGAAGGGUUUGUUGAUUGGUAAGCUUGAAGGCGGCGUUGUUGUUGAGCAAGCCGGCACCACUUCUGGAAGCGGAACCGAGGCUGGUGGUUUGCCAUUCCCAGUUAUUGCUCUUGCGGUUGUGGCUUUGGCUGCAGGUGUUUACUUCUACAUCAACUAA